ACUUAAUUUAAUAAAUUGUCUACAAACUAUGCACUUUUUACCAAUUUUGUUUAGAAGGUUUAUAUUCUUCCAAAAUAGUCUAUUAGCUUUCAAAAUCAUAUCAAGUUAGUCUACCCCAAGCCAUUACCGUUAAUUAACAUGACAGAAAUCCUUGUUAGCGCUCAUGUGGCACCACGUCAUCAGCCACGUAAACACCAUAAGGCCAAAAUAAAAGGAGGGAAAAUAAUUAAAUUUUUUACAUGAAAAUUAAAGAGGCAGGAGUUUUCCCUCUUUUAUUCUGGCCAUGUAGUGUUUACAUGGCAAAUGACAUGGUGCCAGAUAAUCACUAUGACAGUGUAUGUUUCUUCAUUUAGCUCCUUGUAACAAUAUGUCACAAAAGAUAACUUGUAAUGAGGAUCCAGAAUUAUGGCAAAAGCAAGAACAAGGCUAUAAGAAUUCCAGUGCUUCUCAAAUUUGGCCUCUAUGUUAAUUGCCACGUCUUUGAUAUAAAUAUCCCUACAGUUGAUAUUCUCCAACAAGCGUAACUCAAUCUUCUAAACAUUGGUAUGGUGGGAUGUACAACCACAAAUCUGCAUGAUGAACAACCAUAAGGCUGCCUUGCUAUUAUCUUAUGUUUAUUGAAAGUAUUUAUGUCAUGUUUAUUUAUGACACUGAUGAAGCUGUUCAGCAUGGAAGAGCAGUGUUUGAUGGAACUGAUUCUUUGCUUCCUGAGGUAAAGGAACAUAUUUUCUGGUCUGUUCUAGAAUGGAGACCAAGUAAGCAUGCACUUGGAUUGAACUUACCUGUUCUAAAUUAGAUAGUUCUAAUUUAGAGAAUGUGGAUUAUUUUUGAGAUGAUGAUUUGUCUAUGUUUAAUUCUUGUAUCUUGACAUAAGUUUUAUAUGGAAGAACAAUGUAAGUUAAUUGAUGGAACUUAUUAAAUUAAAUUAAGGUUUCAGUUAUGGCUCUUAAGUUGUAACCUAUGCUUAUUGGGCUACAUCGCUCAUGGUGUAUUGUAACUAUUGUUCACCCUGUUUCAGGUUAGCGGGUGAAGAGAUCAACAAUUUUGGGAGACUAAGAGUUUCCUAUGGUUUCUAGCAGUGAACAAGCUAUUCAGGCUUGUUGAGGUUGAUUGUGCUGUUCUAAUUACUGACUCCACCACUGGUGGGUUUGAAGUUGAUAUCCCCGUGGGCGUGCUUUUGCUUGCCUUUACCCUUGGUGUGUAGCAGAUGAUUAUUUGCUGCUUCAACAAGCUGAGAUUUGUGAUUUACACAAAUGGAUCAUGAUCUGUGUGAUUGUCAUAUUAAUUUGAUUUCCCUCAUUUCCCUCGUAAUCGCUCUUUUGAAGUUUGAAAUUAUUGCUUGAACUAACUUCUGUUAUCUCUUGUAUUUAGGAUGACGACAUGAUAUUAGUUUGAGAGUUCUCCUAAACUUUUCUUGACCGUUCGUUCGUGAUGUCUUGAAUGUCUUGAAGCGGAGAGGAGGUUCUUUCGCUGUGUUCUGACUCUUACAACUAGUGGCCAUGUAAAUUUUAUUUGAUCAAAUUUUACCAUUAGUGGUGUUGGAAGACAAUUAUUCCUGUAUUCAAAGAUUUUUUUAUGGCCAACUGUCUACUACUUUAUUAAAUGUACUUCCAUAAAAUUCUCUCUAUCAUCUUGUUUUUUGAGGAUAAAGUGUACUGGAGUGGGUCACCAAAUGGCAUCUUUUCUGUUAAAUUUGCUUUCUUGUUACUGCAACAACAACACACUAAUCUAUUUCAGCAGCCAGGUGGUUGGCGAUGGAUAUGGAAGUUACCGUGUUUGGAGUGAAUAAAGCUCUUUAUUUGGC